AUGUUUCAAUUCUUUUUCUCUUCUCACCUUUCUACUACCAGUGUCUCCAUGUUCUACAGUGGUUACAAUCAUGGUUUGUGGGAACAUUUCAGUCUUCUCAAAACGGGUUUUGUUUCAACUGUUCCCCUCUCAAUCAUGUUUGUAAUAUUUAUAGCCCUCCAUACUCGCUACUUCUGCCCCAUCUUCGUCACCCAGAAUACUCAAACAUCAAGUUUUUCUACUCCACAUUCCCGACGCUAUUUCAUGGCCAGAACUGUGGUGAAAAUCCGUGACAUCAAUGAUAGCAAACAGCUGCAGAAGAUGUUGGUAAUUGUAUUUUUUUGUACAUCACUGGAUGGUGAUAUACAUGUGGUUGUCCCAGCAUCACAUGUGUCUCUGUUCGAUGAAAAAUUGACAUUGGAUCAUAUUUACACGGUAUCCAACUUUAAGGUUCAAACUAAUGUAUUGACUUUUAGACCUUCGUCGCACAAAUUUUUGAUCACGUUUACGGGAGGAACGUCUGCUGGAGAUGAUAACAAAAAUAAAAUACCAUCCAAACCGCUGGUGUUUAUAAAGUUUUCUGAUAUAAUCACCGACAACUUUAACAAUGAUGUGCUCAUAGACAUAAUUGGUAUGGUUGAGAGUAUUGGAUAUUGUGAUCGGUGGAUCUGGAACUGA